AUGAGUACGCUUGAAGAUUAUAAUUCGGAUUCGUCAGAUUAUUCUGACUUUAUUCCAGAUGAAAAUGAAAAAAUUGAGGAGCCCUCUAUUAAUAAAUCUGUGAUGACUAGGAGUAAGAGGAAAAAAAUUGAACAGGAAGCUAACGAUAAUAUAAAAACAAAAAGAUUAAGAGUUGAAUACACAGAUAUAAAUGAUGAAUUAAUAACAGUGCGAAAACAAGUUUCUGAAGAUUCUGAAGCUUUUCAUACUAAUCAGAUGAAGGAUAGUAAAAUUCAAAUGAAGGAUAACGACAUAACACAAUCCAAAGACAUACAGGAUGUUUCUUCAUCAUCAAAGGAGAAAAAAUUUUCGAUAAAUCAACCUUCAUCAUUAUCAGAUUCUCCUUUAUCCUCAUCUGUUAAAAAAAGCCAAUCACCUGUAGAAUUAGCUAUUUCAGAACGUGGCAAAUUUGGUAAACCAAAAUCAACCCUUGGGCAGCUUGCUGCAUCACUUAAUAAGAAACCAAAAAAGCUAAAUACUUUGGAGAAAUCAAAAGUAGAUUGGAAGGAAUAUGUAGACAAGGAAGGAAUUGUUGAUGAACUCAAAUAUCAUAAUAAGAAUGGGUAUAUAAUUAAAUGUACAGGAUUAUCCGUAGGGGGAAUCCGUAAAUUACGUUAUAUCUGGGAAGAAUAA